AUGGUGGGAGGGAUAGAAUAUAUUAGAACGAAGGACUCUCUACUUUGAAAAGAGCCAAAGAGGGUGUAGGGUUUUAUUUACUCUGAAAUUCCAUUUGACGGAAAGUAUUCCCCCCAAAAGCUCCUCCGCAUGGCGUCUCUUCUCAAUCUUCUUUCCUCUCUGAACCUCGAAGAACAACCUUCUCUUGGAAUGGCGAUUUCUUUUCCUCCAGGCGAUAGCGUAGAGCGCAACCUGUUGAAUGCAGCCUUCAAGGGAAAUCUGCCUCGUUUCAAGAGGCUUUUGAAGCAGCUUGACGUGAAAGAUGGUUUAGCAGAAACUAUUUCGAGUAUAAGGGACGAACAUGGUCGCAACUGCUUCCAUGCCGCUGCAGCAGGUGGUGGAAUUGACGUCUGUAAGUAUCUUUUGGAGGAUGUAAAACUUGACAUCGAGUGCACGAGUUUGAACUUAGGUCAAACUCCUUUACAUUAUGCAAUUAAGUUUAAUUGUUAUCGAUCGGCUGCAUAUCUUCUUCAGAAUGGUGCGAAUCCAAAUGCCGCCCUUAGUGAUGGGUUUACUCCUUUGCAUAUUGCUGCAGCAAAUGUUGCAGGAUCUAAGAAACUUACAAAGUUGUUGAUAUCAAAAGGUGCCAAUCCAAAUGCAGUAGGUGAUUUUGAAACACCAUUGAUGAUUGCAGCGUCUCAUGCCAAUAAGGAUUGUCUUGAGGUUUUGUUGGAUAACCAUGCUGAUCCAAAUUUCAUUUCUUGUCUUGGAUUUUCCCCAUUGACGACAUCAAUUGUAGUUGAAUCGAUUGAGUGUGUGAAACUGUUGCUUAAGGCAGGAGCUGAUCCAAAUUUAAAAGGUCCAAUGAAAGUAUCACCUUUGGGGUGUGCAGCUGUAAAAGGAUUGCCUGAAAUUAUUAAGUGUUUGUUGACUGCUGGAGCUGAUCCAAAUGACAAUGAUACUUUAUCUGGGAUUUUACCAGUUGAAGAAGCAGCAUUAAAUCAUAAUCAUGAGGCUGUUAUGAUUCUCCUUCCAGUUACUACUCCCAUUCCAACUGUAUCUCACUGGAGCUAUGCAGGCAUAUUGAGGCAUCUUCACUCUGAAGAGUCUCAAGAAGAGAGAAGAAAGCAGAUGAACGAAGAUUUAUUGUUUUCAAAAUCCAAGGGAGAAGAACUUAUGAAUGCAAAGGAUUAUCGUGGUGCAAUUUAUCCAUACACAAAGGUGAUUGAUGCUUAUCCUGAUGAUGCUGAUGCCCUAUCCAAUCGAAGUUUUUGUUGGGCUCAAUUGGGAACAGGUGAUGAAGCAUUAGAAGAUGCUUUAAGUUGCAUUAGGCUAAGACCCAACUGGCCAAAGGCUUACUACAGGGCAGGGGUGGCAUGGAUGUUAUUGAAAGAUUUUAAGAAAGCUGCUGAUGCAUUUUAUGAUGGUUGGAAAUUGGAUCUUGAAGACAACGAGCUGGAAUGUUCUUUUUGGGACGCAAUUAAAGCACUGCGACUGCAAGGCUAAGAACUGGAGAAUCAUUUGAGUUCAUGGUUUCCAAAUUGUACCACUUACAAUGGGAAAGACAAAUUAAUGUAGAACACAUAUUAAUGAUGUGUGUGUGUGUGUGUGUGUGUUUUUUUUUAUUUCAUUUUUGUGUGGUUAGAACUAGUUGCCUGUGAAAAAGUCUGCAAUACCUCUGGUGUUUGACAAGCACAUCUUUUCUUUCUGUUUGAUCUUUAUAUUUUGUUCAAUGGAUAUCAUCAUUCCGUUCAUCAUUGGAGUUUAGAUGAUUACAAGUAAAAAAAGAGUUAAGCAGUGGAAAAUAAAGCCAGGGGUCUGUCCAACCAAAACCUUCCAGAGAGCAAUGUGGUGUUUAGAUGAGUUUUUACACUAAAAACUUGAUCUACAUCUGCUUCGAAGUUCUAUCCUCACAUUUGCUUCUUGUUCUACAUCAGAAAACCUUGAUGUUGUCUUUCUUGUAGUUGACCAUUGGGUGAGCUUGCUGUUCUGGUACAUAUCUUAUUAUCUAACACUAGCCUUGAAGAAUAGUAAUGUUCUCCUGCAGUCGAGUGUUUUAACAUAAUACUAGAUGGUAAUAUGACAUAACUUCGCAAAUAUGUUCCAUUGUUGUGUGAACCAAGUCACUCCUGCUGUCUGUAGGUUAGUAUAGCUUAUUGUUGUCUUUUAGUGUCUUCCAUUAAUAUAUAAUAUUAGAAUUU